GCUUCUAUGUCGGUUUGGCAUUCGAAUUUUUAUUCACCAAUUCGCGCUCAGUGCCAUGCAUUCGCAACGCUGCCGUAUGAUUCCUAUGUAAACAUUCGCACUCGCAUUCGUACAGCAGUCGUAUUUCGCUGCUCUCGAAUGUUCUCGCGAAUGCGAGUACGAAUGUUUAUAUAGAAAUCAUACGGCAGCAUUGCGAAUGCAUGCAUAAACACGAAUGAGCGAAUGAGGGAAUGAACGAAUGAAUGAUGUAGUCACGAGUUCGCUGUCAUAAGCACCAUGCGGCCACACUCGUUUCAAAAAAAACUGAAAUUAUUAGUUGGCAGAAAAUUACCACAUGGUUUGGAUAAUUUCAUCAUAGAAGCAGGCUACGACUGUGAAUCGGCAAUAGGAACAAUAGACGAAAAAUCUAUAAAGUCAAUUGAAGAUCACAUAAAUCAAAACCGAAACCUUUUGACCGGAACUGUUUACGAGAGUUUAAUUGUGAAUAAUUUUGAUUUCAAACUAAAGCCUGGCCAUAAAGCCAUAGUUCUCAGUUUGCCAAAAUUGCUUGCAGAGUAUGAAAAAGGAAAUAAUAAAAAAAACUGUGGUUGUUCACGUACAUUUGACGACGACGAAAAAAAAUUAAAGCAGGCUCUCGUGACAAAACUAAAAAAUUUCGCCGAAAAAAUUUCGAUUGACUUAAAAUUUGGUGUCGAAUCAGUUUAUGAUUUUCAUCAAGAGAACGGGGCUCAUAAAUGUCGUUUUGAAUGUCCUUUGUGUUGUGCAAAAAUCAAAUGUGAAUAUAAAAAAUAUUGGUUAGUGAGCAAUCUCGAAAAGCAUAUAAAAAAUCACUAUAGUCGCAUCGAAACCGUUGAAUUGGAGGCAAUUGAAGAGGACCCAAACCAAGAAUCGAUACAAGUUAUUUCUUAUAUGAACAUUGAACAAGCUGAGGCAUUGGACAGUAUUCUUAGUGAUACGGAGUGAAAAAAGCAAAUAUGGCUUACUACGUCGUAUAUUUACUCGAAAAACAAAAAUAUGUCAUUGUGCCAGCAACGUGGGUCAAAGACAUCAAAGACCACUAUGAAAAGUUUAUCAACAAUAGCUUGAACCGUUCGCAAACAUUCUUGUGUUUUUAUCCUGACGAUUCUUCGCCAGCAUUUAUUGACGGUUGCCCCUCCGAAAAUUUUGCACCCAACUUUCAUUCGGUAUACUGCUUCAUGGGAAAGUUGAAACGCUAUUUUGAACGAUAUGGUGAUGCUCAAAGUCACAUGCAGCACAUGCGCAACGUAAAACCGCCGGUUUAUAAUCAACGUCGUCUUACAGAAUUACCGAUCCCGGAUGUUAGCAGCCAAACAUCAGCAGCGGCAUCCACCAAUUCGAACAUUCAUGACUCAAACAGCUCCGAUGAUUCAUUUGGAGACGAUGAUCACAGUGAAUAUGACUUAUCAUUACAUGACGAUGAAAUCACCGAUGAAGCCCCGUUGAAUGAGGUGAACAAUGGCCAAAACAUGAAUGAUAUGGGUCCAUUGAGCGAUCAGGCGUUAUCAACCGAAAAUGUUGCCAAUGAAGAAGUUGAAAUCAAUGAAACAAACAAUGGCCAUGACAUAAACGACGAUAUGGAUCCGUUGGGUGAUUCGCUGUCAUUAACCGAAAACGGUGCCGUUGAUAAUGCUUCGAUGAAUGAAACAACCAACCCUCAGAGUAUGAACGAUACACAUUCUUCUCUAAGCAAUCCAAAGUCGAAUGAAACCCCAAGUAUUUCUACUGAAGGCAUGGCCGGAACCACUAGCGAUGAAAAUACCGCAAACAAUCAACAAUCUGAAAACGACCAAUCAAUCGGACAUUUGCAAAUUGUAGCUGUUGAAAGUUUGGCUAAAUCUGCAAGCGAUGAAAACAGCGACCAUGAUUCGGAUGCGCUUGUUGGUGCCCAAAGUGUGACUGAGUCGACAGGUGACGAAACCAUCGCAAAUGAAGCAGCACCUUCGCAUGCUACGGCUCCUGAAUCUUCUCGUGAUGUUCAAAGUGAUCCCAUUGAACAUACUGUUGAGCCAGAAAAUGAUGAAAGUGGUGCACACAUUUCUGAAUCUAUUUCAUUGAAUACUGCUUGUGUUGUGAAGGCUGAAUACGUUCCAUUAUUCAAUAUUCACUCUGUUAACAAUGCAGCGAUCGAUGAACUGUUGGAUGAUGAGCCGGAAGAGGUCAUUUGCGAGGACGACGUUGUAAUGCUUAUUGGUCAAUCUGGUGUGCCAUUACCAAUGGCUUCGACUAAAGAUGAGCUAAUCAAACGGGAAAAUGAUCCGAUUUCCGGAAACACACCAUUUAACGAAAAGCGCGAUGGAAGAGUUUACAAAAUUGGCAAGAGAUACAUCCUGAUCCCGAAGAAAGCUGUGGAUAAGAUGAGCGAGUGGAAUACGGGACUCAAGCGUGAUGACAUUCGCUAUGACAAAAAGUUCUGCCAAGCCCUUCUUCUCUCUUUGGUGGAUAAGCAACAACUGAAACAGUCAAUUGUUGACGCUGACGUAAUGCAAUUCAUCAGAGACUGUUUCGCUAUUCGCUGUGUUUCCAAUGAAGAAGAACGCAUUGCAUCGAUUGAAAAGCUAAAAGAUGAUAUAUGCUGCGAACAAGCAAUGAACUCAAAUCAAUGAACCCAACAGACGAAUGAAAAAACGAUGAAGAGGCAAUAAAGACAACGAGAAUUCACGACAAAGAUUAAAAAAUAGCGUAAGGUAAAACUAAAUGAAGAGGAAACUACACCACAGCCUAACGACAAAAAACCCGAUUAAUUCAGAAUCUUAUGAAUAAAAAGAAAAAAGAAAACGAGAAAAAAAUCAUAAAUAAGUACACAGAACACAGAGAAAAACCAAUGAAUCAAAUUACUUUUUUAUAGUAUGAUAUAAAAUGUAACCGGAAAAUAAAAUGUCCGGUUAGAACAGAAACAAAACACCAAUGUGACUAAAGUGAUAAAAUAGUGCAACUUUUACAUAAAUAUUUAAAAAUGGAAAGUGAUAUUUUCAGUAUAUUUCAGAGUUUAAAAUGGAAUGAAAAAAAUGAUAUUUAAAAGAAGAAAAAGAAGUCAUCAAAACAGUAAAAUUCAAUGAAUGAAACAUAUUUAAGAUGUUAAUUUUUAAAACAAAAAAUGUGAUUCAAAUGUUUAAGUUAGAACAGAAACAGAAUAACAAACAAGAAAUUUUGAAUGCAAAUUCUAAUUUUUAUUUUGCAAACGAACUGAUCAUGUACCUUCAGAUAAAUAUUUAAU